AUGUCGUCCGAGAAGGGCAACGUACACUACCUUCUGGGCGUCAAGCCAGAAGACAGCCAUGUCAAGUCGCACGCCAGCCGCACGGCUGACGAAGAGUGUGCGUACAUGAUUCCUACACUUCUGGAUCUCGCCAAGUCGGUACCGAAGCUCAGAUUACUAGAUGUGGGAUGCGGUCCCGGCAGCAUAACGUGCGGUCUUGCACGCCUAGUCCCAGGCGCUGAAGUCGUUGGUCUUGACAUGUCCGAAACCGUACUGGAAGCGGCUAGGAUGGAAGCUAACAGUCAAGGCGUAACGAACGUGAACCAUCGGUGUAUAGCGCAUCUUCAGCACCACGUCAGCGCUAUUAACGAGCUGGCCCGCGUCAGCCGUAAAGGCGGCGGUCGUUUGUGCAUGCGGGAAGGCAUUCUUCCUACCUUCAUGUGGUACCCACUCAAUCCCACGCUUGACGAGGCCUGGAGAGCCAUCAUGGCUGCCUAUGAAGCCAACGGAGCACUGACCGACGCCGGCCGGAGACUCAAGGCAUGGGCGGUUGAGGCUGGCGUACUACGCGAGACAAUUUGCGUUCACGGUAGGAUCAUGGUGCUACGAUACACCGGGGCGCCGGAAGCGUUGGGCGCAGCCUGGCCAGCAAGGGUUUCGGAAGGGUCGCUUGCAGAAAGAGUGGUCGACAUAGGCGCAGCGUCGAGGGAACGUCUCACAGAAUACGCUGAAGCCUGGCGGCAAUGGAUCGACGACGAAGACGGGCUGUUCAUGUUAAUGCACGGUCAGGUUAUAGCUCGGUUCUAG